AACGGCGCCGGGGCGGCAUGGGCUCGGGCCGUCGUCUCCUCCCGGCCGCCCGCCCGCCCAGACUGUCACGGGCCCCGGGGUCCACGGGGGCGGCCGCAGUAGCGUCCCGGGGGCGGCCCGGAGCCGCGUGCCCCGGCUGCUGUCAGGCGCUGGCGGCGGAAAUGAGGCGCUGGCCGUUUUCCGAGCCGGGGUUUCCUGCCUGAGCGCCGAGAGGCCGUGCGACGCCAUGGGCCGGCCGGGCCCCGACCCGCAGCUUGCGCGGUAAGCGCGGCCCGCCGAGCGCCUUGGAGGAACCGGGCGGCCGCCUGCGUCCCGCUUCUGUUUUUCUGGCGUUUCCUCAUUCUGUUUCUCUUCCCCAAUCCCAGACCGCAGGGAUGUGGGCGCGGAGCCCGGCCGCCCCGCCUCGCUCUCCGCCAUGAACGGGCCCACCGUGCAGCCGUCCCGCACGUCCUCGGCACCCGCGUCGCCCGCGUCCCCGCGGGGCUGGAGCGACUUCUGUGAGCGGCACGCUGCGGCGGCGGCGCGGGAGCUGGCCCGCCAGUACUGGCUGUUCGCGCGCGCGCACCCCCAGCCGCCGCGUGCCGACCUGGUGUCGCUGCAGUUCGCCGAGCUUUUCCAGCGCCACUUCUGCCGCGAGGUGCGCGAGGGCCUGGCGGGGCCACCGGGCCGCGACUACCGUGCCACUGCCCCGCAUCACCGCCCCGCGCUGCCCAAGGCACGCAGCUCCGAGGACCUGGGCCCGCGGCCGGCCUGCGCCCUGCAGCACCUGCGCCGCGGCCUGCGCCAGCUCUUCCGCCGCCGCUCGGCUGGGGAGCUGCCGGGGGCCGCCAGCGACCCCAGCGACCCCGACAACGACCCCUCCGCCACCACCAGGCCGGGCCCAGCCCGCAAGCUGCUACCCUGGAGCCUGCGGGAGCCGCCGGCCGAGGCGCUGAAGGAGGCGGCGCUGCGCUACAGCCUGGCGGACGAGGCAGCCAUGGACAGUGGCGCGCGCUGGCAGCGGGGUCGCCUGGUGCUGCGGGCCCCGGGUCCGGGCCACGGCCGCCUGCUGCAGCUCUUCGACCCGCCCAAGAGCUCAAAGCCCAAGCUGCAAGAGGCCUGCUCUAGCAUCCGGGAGGUCCGGCCAUGCACACGCCUGGAGAUGCCUGACAACCUCUACACCUUUGUGCUGAAGGUGCAGGACCAGACAGACAUCAUCUUUGAGGUGGGAGACGAACAGCAGCUUAACUCAUGGCUGGCCGAGCUCAGAACAAGCACAGGCCAAGGGCUGGAGCGCAUGGACACGGAGUUAGCCCUUUCCUUCGUGGCAGAGCCUGGCCCAGCCGGCUCUCCAAGGGGAAGCACAGACUCCCUGGACCAAGGUGCUUCACCUGGGGCAGUGUUGGACCCAGCCUGCCAGAAAACAGAUCACUUCCUGUCCUGCUACCCCUGGUUCCACGGCCCUAUCUCCAGGGUGAAGGCCGCACAGCUGGUUCAGCUGCAGGGCCCUGACGCCCACGGCGUGUUCCUGGUGAGGCAGAGUGAGUCCCGGAGAGGGGAGUAUGUGCUCACAUUCAACUUACAGGGCAGAGCCAAGCACCUGCGCCUGGUGCUCACAGACCGUGGACAGUGCCGGGUGCAGCACCUGCACUUCCCCUCGGUGGUGGACAUGCUCCGCCACUUCCAGCGCUCCCCCAUCCCGCUUGAGUGUGGAGCAGCCUGUGAGGUCCGGCUCUCUGGCUAUGUGGUGGUCGUCUCCCAAGCACCAGGUUCCUCCAACACAGUCCUCUUCCCUUUCUCCCUUCCUCACUGGGACUCGGAUCCGGGUCUUUCCCACCUCAACUCUGCUGCUGGCUGUCCCCCCAGCCUUGGCGCAGAGGCUCUCCCCGGCCGAGUGACACCCCCAGAGCAAAUCUUCCACUUGGUGCCUUCUCCUGAGGAACUGGCCAACAGUUUGCGGCACCUGGAACUGGAGCCUGUGAGCAGUGCUCGGGACUCAGACUAUGGGAUGGACUCCUCUUCCCGGAGCCACCUUCGGGCCAUCGACAACCAGUACACCCCCCUCUCACAGCUGUGCAGGGACGCAAACUUGUGAAUGUAACCAUCAUCCUUCCUUCCCUCCAGAGAGCUCCAGGCUGCGGUCAGCCUUCCCCUGCUCAGCUGUGCCCUCCACUGGGCGGCCACAGGCCCGUCAGUCAGCACAGCUAGCCCCUGGCUUUCCCACUGUUUACAGAUGGAGUUCUUGUGCACAGGUACCACUAGCUGGUACCCUAGGCCCAGUCCCCAACCCAGAGGAGGGGCUCCAGGCCCAGAGCUGGCAGUGGAGACUGACAGUCAGAGCUGAUGACAGACUUCCUUCCUAGCAGGUAGGGUCAUCAGGAAGCACAAACAACACUACCAAGUCCCCGGUCUCCUUCCUGUUCUCCUCUACCAGGACCCGUGCCAUUCUGAAGUCAGGCUAAGCAGACCUGCUUCACUCACCCGAGCUAAGCCAGCACGCUAGUGUCCUUGUCUGCUCCUCCUCAGGACGGUUGCCUGCUAUGGGGUAGCCACUGUCCUCCCUAAUGCAGAGAAUGAAGUGUGUCACCCUUUCAGGGACAUCCAGGCAGCAUAGAGAGAGGAGGGUAGCAAGGGACGUCCUACCCCAGUGCCUUAUGCAUAAAAAACAGGACUGGUUUACAGCGGCUUUCCAGAGGAUGGGAUGAACAGUGGGGAGACAAGCACAAAUGGAAAGGCUCCUCGGCCUGUGCAGUGGACCCAGGUUUAUAGACCCCCUCCCCAACACUCUUCAAGCAUCUAGUGGCUUGUUGAACAUGGCUCCAUUCUGAGUAACAGAGCAGCUGGCACCGUGCAGGAACUCUAAGAGCUCACAGUCAGUGUUCUGUCGAGGCAGCAGCAGGGUCCUCCCCCGUGGAGGGAUGUGCUCCUGCACAUGCAAUUCUCUGUGUAGACAGAGCUACACUGGUCUGGCCUUUCCCCGGUGAGAGUUCACAGGGACUAGAGAGGGCAGCUCCUGAGCACAAAGCGCCAGUUGGUGCAGCCUAUGGGCUUAUAGCAGCGGCUUUAGGGAAUGAGAACUUAUCUUGGACGUGUUGGUCGGAGGUGAGCAUGCUGAACCCCUUCUCAUCUGGUUACCUCUGUACUGUGCAAGCUAUGUGGCCCUGAGUGGACGGGGUGGGGUGGGGGGGCAGCCAGCUGUGCUUCACCUUCAACACCCACCAUUGUGUUGACGGAGCAAGGCACAUCCCACAUAGGCCCAGAUUUGUGUUCCAUCUUUGAGAACUAGCUUUUCUUCAUUUUCCACAAAAGUAUGAACCAAAGAUAUAAGCAAUAUUCAGUCACUGGUCCAGACUCUUCUCUAAGCUGUGUAGGAGGAAAGGGGCUGGUUGGACAGCUGUGUCCCUGCUUGUGGCCGGCCGGAAGCUCAACCAACUUCACACUAGGGGCGCUCACUUCUCCUGGGUCGUCAGACACACAGCUCUCAGGUAGAGAGGAGCACCUCCGCCCCACGGCAUUGGGACUCAUCCACUGUGGAUGGCUUCCUUUCGAAAGGCCUCUAUUAUGACAAAGUCUCAUGGCUCUGGGACAGAGUGGCACUAAGCCAACACCUUUUCUUUCUGCUAGAGUAGGUCCAAUUGGCUUGAAGGGGAACUCAGUGUCAGUACCAGGCACCAUUCCCACCCCCGGUCAUCCUAACAGACUGCCAUGGGAAGGUGAGGCCACACUAGGCCCAGGUGAGUUGGCCCUGUAGAGACUCUAAGUGCACAGUCCCUGCUGCUUUCUCCUGACUAGAACUACACACUAACAGCCACCAGCACCAAAGAAUUAAGUCAACUAACCUGCCUUGACUUUAGACCAGCAGUCCACAUGGCUUUAUCUGGUAUCAACUCUUCUGCCUUUGAUCAUUUCUGGACCACAGGAAAAAGGAAUAGUGAUUAUUACAGUUUUGGGCCACACAACACUAUUUUUACAUAAGUUUCUUAACCUAAAAAAAGGCUUCAUCUCUACCCUGAGGGCUCUUGUUCAAAUGUUACCUUAAUCAAACAUCAAGCGAUAGACUGUCAUCCACUGCCUCCUAAUGAAGAUGUGUCUAACAGCCAGUGUGGGGCUAGGCAACAGGAAGAGGGGAUUUCAACUUCUAUCAUAGGCAGAAGGUGUUUGGCAAAUCUUUGUUUUAUGUACUGUAUGAGUAACUUAUUCUUGAAUAAUGCAAAUUUUGCUACAGUGUACAAAUCGCUAUAUGUGAAUUAAAAAAAGUUUUCAGAA